UUCCGGCGCUCGGAGCAGAAACCGCGGCGAGAGGCUCGGAGCGGCGGCCGAGCGGCGGGCGACGGGGGCGGGGGACUCGGGCCGCGGCCCGGGCGGAGCCGGGGGCAUGGAACCGCCGCUGCCGGGCUAGGGAGGGCCGGCCCCGCGGCGAUGGCGGGGUACGCGCGCCGCCCGGGCGUCACCCCGCUGUCCCGGGCCCGCAGCCUCGUCAUUCCGGACGCUGCAGCGUUCUAUGAGCGCCGGUCUUGUCUCCCCCAGCUAGACUGUGAGCGCCCCCAUGGCAGGGACCCGGACUCCCAUUUCUUCGGCAUUCGGCCGACGUUUAUGUGCUAUGUGCCCAGUCCGGUGCUAGCUUCCGUGGGAGACACAGAUUUUGUCUACGGAAAGGGGAAGGGCACUAAGCCAGGCCCGGUGGGAGCCCAGGAGACACCUUUUGGAGAUGACAAACUUGGAGAUCUUGAAGAGGCAAAUCCGUUCUCCUUUAAAGAGUUCCUGAAAACCAAGAACCUCAGCCUCUUGAAAGAGGACACGGCUAACAGCAGACUUUACUCAAAGGAUGCCAAGAGGCACGCGCUGGGACUCGGCGGCAGCUCCCCGACCUCCCAGCCUGUGGGCUUCGGCCUGGAGUACCAGCAGCCAUUUUUCGAAGACCCAACGGGAGCUGGCGACCUCCUGGAUGAGGAUGAGGAUGAGGAUGGGUGGACCGGGGCCUACCUGCCAUCCGCGGUGGAGCAGACCCACUCCCCGCAGGACGCGGCCAGCGUGUCCCCCUGCAGCACGUACAUCUCCUUCUUCAGCCCGUCGGAGCUGGCAGGGCCUGAGUCCCUGCCCCCGUGGGCGCUGAGUGACUCUGACUGUCGCGUCUCUUCCGCGGGGAGCCCCGGCGCUGACUUUGCAGCCCACGGAGAGUCUCUGGGGGACAGGCACCUGCGGACGCUGCAGAUAAGCUACGAAGCCCUGAAAGAUGAGAACACUAAGCUAAGAAGAAAGCUGACCGAAGUGCAGAGCUUCUCCGAGACGCAAACAGAAAUGGUGAGGACGCUUGAGCGGAAGUUAGAAGCAAAAAUGAUCAAGGAGGAGAGUGACUACCACGACCUGGAAUCUGUGGUUCAGCAGGUGGAGCAGAACCUGGAGCUGAUGACUAAACGUGCAGUAAAGGCAGAAAAUCACGUCAUGAAGCUGAAACAAGAAAUAAGCUUGCUCCAGGCGCAGCUGUCCAGCGUCCGGCGCGAGAACGAGGCCCUGCGUGCGGGCCAGGGCGCCGGCCUGACGGUGGUGAAGCAGAACACGGACGUGGCCUUGCAGAACCUCCGCAUGGUCAUGAACAGCGCCCACGCCUCCAUAAAGCAGCUGGUGUCUGGAGCUGAAACACUGAACCUUGUUGCUGAAAUCCUUAAAUCUAUAGACAGAAUUUCUGAAAUUAAAGAGGAGGAGGAGUCCUGAGAAGCUUCUAGCUCGCAGCUCUGUUUACAUUCUCAAAUCACUAACUGGAUUUUAAAAUGCUAUUGUAUCUUUAAAUUUGCACUCUUCACAGUAAAAGCAUCUAUCACGAGACGCUGGUUCCGUGACCCAGAGCAGUGUUAUUAGCCAGCGGCCCCAGGAGUCGCCCCGCGGCUGCCGCGCAGCCUGCCCGGGGGGAGCUCCCUGUUUGCCAGGCUGUGAUCCACGGGAAGGUGUUUUUAUAAAAGCCGAUUUCUUUAAAGUCACUGAAUACGGAAACAGCAGUUCUGUGACGUGGAUCUUCCCUUCUUAUUCCAGAAUGUUCAUUCUAAACUAAGUUCAGUUGAUCCUCAAUUUCACAAGUAAAGACAGACACUAAACGGGCCAAAAUCGAAACGACUGUCUGGGCAGGGACGCGUGCCUUGCCCCCACCCUCAGCGCACCGCCGGCUGCGGCCACUCCCGCAGCCCUCA